AUGGCUGCCAACACCUUGCGGCCGCCUCCUAGUGCUUUGCAGCCACCCCCAACUGCCGGAAUUGCAGAACAGCCACCGCAGACAGCUGCUGGAAUUGCAGAACAGCCGCCACAUGGUCUUGUGACCUGCACAGCCCUGCAGCCUCAAGCACUGACUGCCAAAGCUGCUCUACUGUGUCAUCCUGCUGGAGCUGCUCUGCCACGCCAACCUGCCGUUAGAACACAGCAGCAGCCACACCACUCAGCUACCGGACUUGCUGCACAGCCCUAUGGCUACUUCGACGCUGUCCCAGUCUUGGAGCAAAUCCAUUCUCUCCCUCCUCUGCCACCACACUUGACACGGUUUAAGGCUGAGAAGGCGAACAUCAUAGGAUGCAAUGACCAAGUUGCAUACUCAGCUUUUAAGAAGGGCUUGCCAAUUGAGCACGAGCUAUACCGUGAGCUGGCCAUAACUCCAAGCCAAACCUUGGCAGAGGUCUUCAGGACGGCAGAGCGCUAUGCACUUUGGGACGAUGACCGUAUAGUGGCGAAGAAAGCCAGCAAGCAAGUUGAUCACCCGACAAGGCAGGCAUGCCAAAAGAGCAACAAGUUCGAGUCCAAAACCAAAGACAAGCGCAGAUCGCGACCCCAAGAGGGAUGCUCGGAAACAGGAACCUUCACUGAGUUCAUUAUCCCGAUCCACCAGAUCUUGGCACAAGUGAAGGACAAGCCGUGGGUGAGAAGACCACCACCCAUGAGGGGAGACCCCUCUAGGAGGGACACCAGUAAAUACAGCGCAUUCCACGGGGAGCACGGUCAUUACACAAACAACUGCAACGCCUGGAAAAGGCACCUUGAGGAGUUGGUUAGAGAUGGCCAUUGCACAGAAUUCGUCGCAAAGAAAGCCAUCCAGCAGAUCGAGGAUCGUGAUGCGGUUGCCAAGGAACCUCCCCAAAAGGUCAUAUGGAUCAACACCAUUCUAGCUAACUUCCAGGAGUUUGGGCUGACCACCAAGGAGCACAAGAGAAAGAUCGCGCAGGCGACUUAUGUCUCCCAAGUCACAACGGGCGUACCAGUCAUUGCAGAUACACCUAUCAUUGGCUUUCAGAAGAAGGACUUGAUCGGGCUUGAUCUCCCGCAUAAUGAUGCCCUAGUAAUCUGCAUCCAAAUUGAACAAGCUGUGAUCGAGCGAGUUCACGUGGACGAGGGUAGCGCAGCCAAUAUCCUGCAACUAUCUGUUAUCUAA